CUUUUAAAUAUGGAAAUUGUGCCGGUGAUCACGAUACUGUAGUAACUUUGGGUCUUUGCAAAGACAAUGUAAGUGUGUUAAAUAUGUUUCCAAAUACAUUUCCUGGUGAAUUCAAUAAAUGCAUCAUAAGAGUUGCAAGACACGAAGAUAUACCACAUGUCAUAUUAGAGUCCAGCAAUUAUACGCUUAGAGGCAAUCGUUUACCUGGAAUAGAAGAAUAUAUCUUAGAGAGUAUUGGAGCAAACAAAGGCUAUAUUAUAGACUAUAUCCAAACAGGCCCUGAUACAGAGCAUGGUGUAGUUUUAGCUAAUGGUACAGUCACUGGUGUUUUGAAAUAUCUCGCUGCUGAGGAAGCAGACAUUGCAAUUGGAGGCUUGACUACUGCACACAAGAGCCACAUUCAGCAGGUUGUCAAUGAGAAAUUCGACGGGUCUAAAUAUAAACCGUGUAUCUCUAAUCAAGUACGUACACUGUUCAAAUACACCUAUGACUUGACCUGGCCAAAAAAUGCAUUAACCUUAUGCAACAAGAGAAAAAACGCGUUACAAACCGUGGCAUCCCGAAAUGACCUGUUCACCAUUGAAUGGACUCACGUGUAUACAAUGAAUGAACAAAACUAUAUAAAUGAGAGAGGAAAUCGUAUGCUCGAUACUUGGGAGUUUUCAAAGGCGACUAUUGUAAAAGUCAUGUUCACAGCUAGAGGAUUCCCUCUGAAAGAUACGAUUCAAUACGCGACGCAAAAUAUGCUAGAAACAGGUUUAAUUGAAGCGCAUCAACAAGUCAUCCAUUUAAGGACUGUAAAGGCUGUACAUACGAAACAAAAGGCGAACAAAAACCUGGACAUGUACAGUAUCAGAGCAGAUUUUGUCUUGCUUUUUUGUGGAUUACUGAUAGCGUUAAUAGCUUUUAUUCUAGAAGUAUUGUGCCAGAAACGUGAUUUAAUAUUGAAGGCAAUUGCUUUAAUAGACAGACGUGAACAGAAUGAGAAACGCUGGAUUUCGCAAGACGAGAAUCUAUCCGUUCAAUUGGAACUAUUCCAAGAGAUUGAUUUUGCCCCAUCAUUUAUGACGGAUAGGCCGCAUCCAGGUGCACCUGCAACAGCAACUGAGUUUGCACCGGAGCCAGCUCCUCAGCUUGACAUUCACCAUAAUUCUGAGCCAUCUUCUCAUAUUGCAAGGCAGCGCACACCGGAGUUAUCUCCUGUUCAUGCUCUUCAGGCUAUACCUGAAGCUGACAAUGAAACGUCACCUCUUUCACGUUCUUGUCUUAGAGACUAUUCCAACUGA